CUCUCCAAUUUUGACCUGCGUAUCUACUCGCGACUUUAAGCCUGACCGGAAGCAGCGGGAAGCAGGCUACUUUUGUGUUUCCUCUCUCUUCAAGUGCAAUUCCUCGGCGAGGCAAAGAAAGUCAUCAUAAUUUAUACGUCGAAUUUGUAACUUUGUCGACAGUCUCGAGGAAAUGAAAGCGUUGAGGUUUGGGCUGACUUUUGUCCGACAUGGUGAAACACAGUUCAAUCAAGAUGGGCGCCUGCAAGGUCAAGCCAUAGACUGUGCGCUGUCUGAUGUCGGGCUGCAGCAGGCCGAGGCUGCAGGCCGCUACCUGAAAGAUGUCACCUUCACCAACGUGUUUGUCAGUGACAUGCUACGGGCUCGCCAGACCGCCGAAAUCAUCAUGAAACACAACAGCAGUUGUUCAAGAUUGCAACUGGCGUGUGAGCCGCUACUUAAGGAGAAAAGCUUUGGCACAGCCGAGGGGCAGCUUUUGCAGGAAGUGAGAGAGAUGGCCAGGACUGCUGGUCAGUCCUUUCUGGACUUCACUCCACCUCAAGGAGAAACUCAGGAGCAGCUGAAGCAGCGCGUCCAAGAGUUUUGGCUCAAAAUGCUCCAUCAAAUGUGGCGUCAACAUUGGCCCAACAGCCACGACGUCUCGCUACCUCCGGUAGCGGCACCUCAAGGUGAGACUGACGCCGACGACGUCCCCGUCCACGCGCUGGUGGUCGGACACGGGGCCUACAUGUGCGUGACCAUGCGCUAUCUCGUGGAUGAUUUACGUUGCUCCGUACCUCGGGAUUGCACAAGGGCACGCAUGUUCUCUCUGUGUCCAAACGCCGGCAUGAGUCGCUUUGUGCUCACCUUGAACCAGGAGGACGAGGCCUUCAAAGUGUCCGACAUACACUGUUUGUUUGUCAACAAGGGGGAUCAUGUUAAAACUUAAUAUUCUCGAGUCGUUGUCGCGAACCUGGCGAGCUAAAAUGGCCGCUUUCCUCAAUGGAUUAGAUUGGGACUUAAAGUCUCUUUAUUUAUUGAUAUAUAUUUUUAUCAAAUGUAUAUGUUAUAAAUAAGGGACGUCAAACCCCAUGAUAUUAUUAACAUUGGAUCGUCUUUUUCAUUUUUUACUGUGUUCAUUUUUUUUUUAGUGUUCCAACACUUCCAACUAUUUUAUUAUAAAACUUUUUUAGGUUGACAACAAAAAAAACUGACUUUUUUUACUGAAUGAGUUAAUAUAGUAUAAAUAAAUAAAGCAAAAAUAAUUACAAAAAAUCAAUCAAAUAUAUAUAAUCAAAAAUCAAAAUCAUAUAUCAAAAAAUAUAUCAUCCUUGAAAAUGAUUUUUUUUUUUUUCCACAUGAAAAAAAAAAACAGAACAUGAAGUAUAUAAAUAAUAAAACCCUGGGCUAAUAAAAGAAAGUCCGUUAUUCAAUAAAUAAACACUUCAUUUGUGUGACUGGUGGUGUCCAGCACCUAGCAUGCUUGCGAAAUGUUCUCAUCCCGACAUUCCCAUAUCCCAAACAGACAUUGCCACAUCUUGACCCGGGUUUAAAGUUUAACUCGGAGGUUAAAGGACGAGCCGCUCACCGCACCAAACCCGUCCUUCGAUACCAUCACAUGUCGCCAAAAGGCCCCGGAAACAGAUUCAUCCAGUUCCCGUUGGAAUUAUGUUCAGGCGUAGCCGUCCCACUCUAAUCUAGGAGUCCACAUUCAUCGAGUCUUGCUCAGCUCGAUCGGCUAUAAUGGUCUUGACCGGGCUCACGGGCCCGUUAGCAUGCAGGACCUUUAAGGGGUCAUCACAGGACGAGAUGGUCUCCUUCGACACGGCUCCAGCUUGGUCCUGUUCAGGCUGCAAAUGUUCCGACUCUUUGUGAUCCUGAACGGAAUGGGAGGGAUCCGACUCGGAUCUUAACGGAUCGGACGGGUUCACUUCUUCGCUUCUCCUCUGCCUGGUCACCAAGGGGGCUAUGAAGCGCUUUAGAAAGACCAAGGACGGGUGGGAUGACGCCAGCGAAGAGUAAAAGACGCCACUGAUGAAGCCGGAGCGGCGGAAAAGACAAUCCUUUGUGUCUUUUUGUCUCUGUUUGGUCAGAAAAGAACAACGUUGGAUAGAAAGGCUCACAAAAACAGUGAUAGCCACAGAUAAGACGUCUGUGCCUUUUACACAGAUUAAUUUCCAGACAUUAUUGCACCAAUGUACGCAGCGCUUAUCAGAGACUAAGCUUCCAGUUUCACUUACAGCGUGGAUGCUACGUCCGAACGCCAGGCCUUUUCACACAGAAUCGCGACAUGGGUUUAAAAAGGUGGAAAAUAGCCGGCUAAAGUUACUCACCGAGUUGUACAGCUCCAACUUUGAGUCCAAACACACAAAAGCUUGUCUUUUCAAGUCAAAUACGGACACAAAGUCGCUCUUGGUCGUUCUUGCAGGUAGAAGAACUGCAAGGGGAGCAAAGUUUAGUGUUUGGUUAGAAGUAAUGCGGCGCUGAAGCAUUUCAAACAGAACAGGAAUGCCUUGAGGAUUACAUCAGUGGUGUCCAAAGUCCAACCCAAGGGGGUUUUGUUUUUGUUUUAGUCCUGCGGGAUAUUUAAAAAAAAAACAGUUUGCAUCAGAACAUUACCAAGGAUGAACAAUAAAGUUGCAAUUUGACCAACUUAUAACAAUUCUACAAUUAUGAUUGACAGCAAAAAAUUUUUACAAAAGUUUUAAAAGGUAUACCGUUAUGCUAAUAUUAAUUAUUCUGCUAUUAUAUUUGACUUUGUCUAAAAAAAAAAAAAAACAUCCAAAAAUGCCAUCAUGAUCCAUCAAUGGAACAAUGGAGCUUCAGAUUGUGCAGGGGUGUCAAACGGUAGCUGGCUAUGUGGUGAUGUCGCAGAUGCCGUGGUACAUGACUACAGAACCUCAAUCUAGUAUGUCGUAAGGACUUCUUCCAGCGGACUACGCUGAAGCUUUAGGACCAUCCUACGUGUUCCCAUCAUCCAAAUCCAUUAGAGAACAUUUGGGGAUUGACGGCAAGGGACGUUUCCGAAAUUGGACAUCAACUCCAGACGGUGGAUGCCGUCAUUCCCACUGGAUUUAAGCAUGUUCAAACCUAUUUUUUUGAACGCCACAGCUAUUAAUUAAUGAGUAUUUUUGAACAUUUUAGUUUUAUUUAAGGGGGAUUUUUUUUUUUUUUAACUAUAGUCUUAAACUUUGGAUCAGGUGAUGAAGCUCUACUUCAACACGAACCCUGCACCCUGAAACCUCAUUUUUUUUUUUUAAUAUGACGCCCCCUGUGGCAAAAGUUUGGACACCCCCAAAAUAAACCAAGGACAUGCAGCAGACUCACCGAGAAAGUCCCCAAGAAAAGGUUCCCUGGUGGAUCCACGUCUGUCCGCAUGCGCCCCAGAUCGACGGGCACCGUUCUGACGAAGCCCCUCUAGGCCCUUGAACCUGGAUCUACAAUCGGCUGGUACGGACACAUGUAAGGCAAUCAGGAGGAACGGGAAGAAAGCCGCUCGCAUGGUCGGGAUGUGGCGCUCGGUCUGACUGGAGCAGAACAAGCGCUCUCGGUCCGCGUGUGAGCAGUUCUGGGGACAGGAGAAAGUCCAGCCGUCCUAUUUAAACAGAAGGUCGAUGAACUAGCUAACUCAUUUACCCAAAUAACACACAGCCUGCCUGGAAUUCCUCCAGGCCUUAACUGGCAGCAUAACAAGGAACGCUGUCGCCGCUUCGGACACUAAAAUACAUUAUUUGCCUUGGCAAUAAUAAAUAGCAUUGCCAUAUGUAUGUUAAUUAUCAUAUUUGGAUAAUAUUUUCACCCUCUGUACCAUCAAUACCUUGAAAAACCCAGUAAUGUACAAUGAAUGGACACCUCAAUAGCAUUUUGCAUUGCUUCUGAUGCCUGACGUUCCUCUUUACAGCCAGACGAGGGCGCUGUUUCCCCAUUGGCAGCCUUUGUUAAGUCCAACCAAGAUGUCAGCAUUAUAAGCUAUAGUGUCAAAUACACGAUCUUUGGUAAUGUUUCAUUGGAGCACAUGGUCCUGAUCAACACCAAAUUGGAUAUGUUUGAUCAUUUGACUCAAAAUAUGAUCAUUUUUAGCUGCUGCUAUGAUCAUUUGUUGAAAUAGUUGGAAAAAUUAAAUUGAAAUAAAGUCAAAAUAUUACUAGAAAAAAAAUAAAUUUUACAGGAAUACACUUAUAAUAUUGUGAGGAAAAAUAAUGUCACCUUAGUAGUAGCAUAAAGUUAAAAUAUUAAAGCAAAAAUAAGCGGGAUUCAAUAUGAAUUGUAGUUACAUCAACAAAAACCUGUUGGACUACCUAAUGGAGUAGACAUGCUAAGCUAAAUUAUGCUAAAUUAUUACGCAUUAUCAGGAGCACAUGGUCCUGAUAAACGCCAAAUUGGAUAUGCUUGAUCAUUUGACUCAAAAUAUGAUCAUUUUUAGCUGCUUCUAUGAUCAUUUGUUGAAAUAGUUAGAAAAAUUAAAUGGAAAUAAAGUCAAAAUAUUACUAGAAAAAAAAUUAUCUAAUCAGAAAAAAAUAAAAUUUUACAGGAAUACACUUAUAAUAUUGUGAGGAAAAAUAAUGUCACAUUAGUAGCAGCAUAAAUUUGAAAUAUUAAAGCAAAAAUAAGCGGGAUUCAAUAUGAAUUGUAGUUAGAUCAACAAAAACCUGUUGGACUACCUAAUAGAGUAGACAUGCUAAGCUAAAUUAUGCUAAAUUAUUACGCAUUAUCAGGAGCACAUGGUCCUGAUAAACGCCAAAUUGGAUAUGCUUGAUCAUUUUACUCAAAAUAUGAUCAUUUUUAGCUGCUGCUAUGAUCAUUUGUUGAAAUAGUUGGAAAAAUUAAAUGGAAAUAAAGUCAAAAUAUUACUAGAAAAAAAAUUAUCUAAUCAGAAAAAAAUAAAAUUUUACAGGAAUACACUUAUAAUAUUGUGAGGAAAAAUAAUGUCACAUUAGUAGCAGCAUAAAUUUGAAAUAUUAAAGCAAAAAUAAGCGGGAUUCAAUAUGAAUUGUAGUUAGAUCAACAAAAACCUGUUGGACUACCUAAUAGAGUAGACAUGCUAAGCUAAAUUAUGCUAAAUUAUUACGCAUUAUCAGGAGCACAUGGUCCUGAUAAACACCAAAUUGGAUAUGUUUGAUCAUUUGACUCAAAAUAUGAUCAUUUUUAGCUGCUUCUAUGAUCAUUUGUUGAAAUAGUUAGAAAAAUUAAAUGGAAAUAAAGUCAAAAUAUUACUAGAAAAAAAAUAAAUUUUACAGGAAUACACUUAUAAUAUUGUGAGGAAAAAUAAUGUCACCUUAGUAGUAGCAUAAAGUUAAAAUAUUAAAGCAAAAAUAAGCGGGAUUCAAUCUGAAUUGUAGUUACAUCAACAAAAACCUGUUGGACUACCUAAUAGAGUAGACAUGCUAAGCUAAAUUAUGCUAAAUUAUUACGCAUAAUAACUGACAGGCAGGCUAAUGGAUCCCUGUCAAGCCCCAGGAUGAAUUAAUUAUGUAUUGAAUUAAUACCACAACCAAACGGUGGACUCCUGUGUCAUUUUAAGCACGGAACCUGAAGGCAUCACAACAGCUUUUACAAAAUCUCUUUUAUUAUCAUUUGAGGAAUACAGUUGACUGCUGUGCACAGCACAUACGUACAAAAAUAAAAGGAAACCCAUUUGUAAUAUAGUAUUUUUUUUUUCUUUACGUAUGAGUCAUCAUAUUUUUUUUUUUUUUUUUUUUCAGAAACAAAUGAUUGAAGAAGUCUGUUGUUUCAAACUAAUUUACAAUCAUUUCAAUAAUCGGAACUAAGGCAGAAGGUGAGGUAUAUGUUCAAAAAGAGGAGGGGGGGGGGGGGACUCGAGAGGAAGCGCUCUCCCCCUCAGUGCAGGAAUAGAAAACCGAGAGGAAAACAUAAAGGCUGCUGGCGCACAGGGACACACAACACACAAUACACACAACACACACACACACACACACACACACACACACAACUGAUCCCACGUCCAUUCACUCACCCUGCGAACCAACAUAAAUCUUUAUAAGCAGCUGAUGAUCAGCAAAAAUGGCAAAAUUCAGACAUUUGGGUGCAUAUUCCAAAGGGAGCAUUCAGAAUUCCGUGUGCAUAUAAUAAUAAUAAUAAUAAUAAUAAUAGGGAAUUCAAAAAAUGGGGGGGUUGAUUUUUUUUUUUUUUUUUACCACAAAAUACUUGGAUACCCCCUGGAAAAAAAUAUCAUGCAACCCAGGGCACACUUUAGACGCCAAAGUUGGGUGGGCAAACUGCGGUCCGGGCGGGGGAUUAACUUAGACUAGUAUGCAUGUAUGAAAUAUAUAGCCCCCUCCCCCACCCUCCCCCGUUCCCCCGCCCCCGAGAGGCGAUUUUGUUAACGCAAAACUUUGCCCACCCCUGCUUUAGAUGCAAUACCACUGCUAAUAAUAACAUGUUGUUGUCCUGCUUUUGCCAGUUUCGACCCCCCAACCCCCCCCCCCCCGUAUUAUGCCGACAGUGAGACACCCCCAUAACAAAAAAAAAAAAAAAAAAAAGUGCUUUUAAAUUUAAUUUUUUCUUGCUCGGAUGGGAUUCUUUGCACUUUUUUUUUGAGUAGUUUUGCACAGACAUGACAAAGGUCAUUUCAAGGGUAAAAGCUAAGCUACAACCGAUGGCGUUUUCAAGGCAAAAGGACUACAAUAAUGGCGACCGACUCCGACUCCCGACAUUUAGCUUCAUCAGUGGUGAUAAUACUCACAGUUUUAACAUCCUCAUCCUCUCCUGGGUCACAGUAUUUAGCGUGUCUAGCUAGCCAACCUUCCUGGAAGCGUAUGAUUCCCCUGCUACUUGCGUUACCUACCGCGAACCGUGUAAAAAAAAACGCACCCCCACCCCCAACCUAGUCCUGUCUUCAUGAUGCCCUGUUAUUCCUGACUCGAGCUCAAUUGAUACGGCGUCUACUGUCACUUUGGCGCCGACCCAACCCGCUGGGCCCGCUCAUCUCUAAACUAAACAUGAGCGGUAUCCCGAUCCGGCGCUCGCGGCGUGGUACAUUCCGGCGGCGUAUGAGGUAAAGAUGACUACUUCAAAACACACUUCGUAGUUUGCUACUUGGACCGAAGUCCGACCAUUCAAAGUACAGUGGAACCUCGAAAGUCAACCACAGUCCAUUCCCGAUCAUUCCCAGCAAAGGUACAGUGGAACCUUGGUUAGCGUCUUUUUUGGUUUACAUUGUACCUCGGUUUGUGUACAUUCGACAGUUAGCAUUAGCUCAUGGUUUUGUUAAGACAGAAAGAAAUCAUCAUCUGGAUCGUACAGACUGCACUAGAAAGUGAAACCAAGAAUUAUGCAAGAGUACUAUAAAUGUGUACAUGUUGGCAGGUCGGCACUAACAUUAAAAGUACUCGCUUCCUCCGGCGCCCGGCAACCAGAACCGGAAGUCGGGUAAAGUCGGACCGUCUGGAAUGAAUUUAUGGUGCUAAGCAGGGUUCCAGGGUUCCAAUCGGUAAAUAGUCUGUCCUACCGUUCGAGUCCGUGCCACUAGUCCGUGCCGCAGAAAUUGCUUGGGCAUUUAUCGGACAUAAAUGCAAACCUGCAAAAACACGACAAUACGCAACACAUGUCCACAGCGAAAUGACCGCCAUGGCUCUCGAAUUUUAUGUCGAUAAAAACAAUGGAACUUUUUUAGUAAUAAGAGGAACACGGCAGACCGGGAAUUGGGAAGUUGGGCCGCAUUCACGGGUUCUCGACAUGAGUGGGACCAUCUUAAAACGGGUUCCACUGCCAGUGGAUCCUGAAAUCGUGGAGCAGUUAAAAAAAAAUCCACUCUCCCCAGCAGGUUUGGAAAGGCUGGACGUGGUGAAGAGGAUAGCACAAGCUCAAAAGUCAAAAGUGACACUGAAUGUGACGAUAAAACAGAGAGGCUGACAACAUGUGUGAUGAAGCACUUACGACGCUGUUCAAUUUUUAACAACGGACAUCAUCACAAAUACGACGAACGUGGCUUUCUGUAAAACGUACUUUGAAUUCCGAUGAACUGUCGAACUUCCGGGUUCCACUGCAGCACAAAAACUGAUCAAGGUCAACCAAGGUCGAAAGAAGAAAAACACCUAAAACUCGGGUAACCAGACACCCAAAAAAACGUCAGCACCUCCAACCUUGGAACACAAAUGGCUCUGACGAAUGGGCCCCGCUUUGGGCGGCUCAGCUAUGCUAGCCCGCAUUGCUGGCAUCCUCACCGAGUUAAAGCAACAAUGGCGGCCUCGCGCGCGGUCCCUUAUAAGUCCAACCCGUCUUGUCCCCGACGUUGGAUCACAUUAUCUCCAAUUGUUGCAUGCUCUCCGACUAUUUAGCGUAAAUACUUCCAUCUAAAAUACGACAGACCGAGGUACCUGAAGUUUAGAAUCCUGAUGUCCUUCAAAGCAGACCCUCAUUAACGGGGGCCGGGGGGUCACACUUGUAAUUACGCCAUGACCACACACACACACACACACACACACACACACACUCAGUCAGUCCGGCCUGAUUAACUAAUUAGUGGGAUUGUCUUAAAUUGUGACGUAUAAACAAAAGGCUUCACUUUCUUUAUCUAAUUCCGGGGGACGGGGGGCCGAGUGGUAGAAGUGUCUGUGCCCCCCAGGAAUGGGGCUAAAUGGGGCUAAAGACCCAGUGGUGGUGUCUGAGGGAAGAGUGAAAAAUUUGGGGAAAUAAGCCAGAUUUGUCAGAAAUAAUGGUAAUUUAGGGGAAAAUAAAACUAACUUUUCAAGAACAUUUU